AUGGCGCCAAGGAUUUCCUUGUCGUGGGCCGUAUUAGCCGUUUUUGUGGCCGUCGGUCUCGUGGCGCUCGUUGCCACUGAUGUCGUGAGCCUGAACGUCGACGAAGCUGAUGCGGCUCUGGAUGAGACAGGAGCUCCCAGCUUCACCCAAGAGGACGCGAAUGCUUUUGGUGAGAUGGAUGAAGACCACGCGGAGGACGAGAUGGACGAUGAAUUUGACGGCGGAGAUGAAGAGAGUGAUUCCGACGCCACCUUGCAAGGAGAGGACAUGUCUUUUCUUGAGGACGGAGGACACGACGACAUGGAAGAUGACUUCGACUUCAAUAAUAUGGAUGAGGAGCAAGUAGCUGAGCUUGCGAACUCGCUCGAGGGAGAGGAACGUGAAGCGUUUCUGGCGAUGUGGGACGAACACAAAGCGGGCGCGGGCUCCGGUGAUGGUUCCAGUGCUUUCGCGGAGCUUUAA